UCUUCUUUUUAUCCAAUCAUACUUCAACCUAAGCCAAAGAUAUUGUUUGGAGUUUGGAGGGAAAUAAUAAUAUUAACAAAUAAUAAUAAUAAAAACAGAUUUUCCUAUCUUCUUUCUUCAAUCAUUUUACCAGUUACAAAUCACAAAGUUUGAGUUCAUCUUUAACAGAAAUGGCAACUUCUUCAUUUUCUUUAUUACCACUUAAAUCAAGUAGUAUAAACAUUUUGUCUCAUAGAAAUACAAAAUCUUCAACUUCAAUUAUUUGCCAAUUAGAACCCAAAAACACCAAGAAUGCAGUUUUAUCAGAGUCAAAGAGGUUAAGAUCAUGGAUUUCCACAGCCUUGGCAGCUGCUGCAGUUGUGAGCUUGAGCACUAGUUACCCUGCUUUGGCUGAUUUAAACAAGUUUGAAGCCGAAAUGCGAGGCGAAUUUGGGAUUGGCUCUGCUGCUCAAUUUGGUUCUGCUGAUUUAAAGAAAACAGUUCACACCAAUGAAAAUUUCAGAAGAGCAAAUUUCACAUCAGCAGAUAUGAGAGAAUCAGAUUUCAGUGGAUCAACAUUUAAUGGUGCAUAUCUUGAGAAAGCUGUUGCUUACAAAACCAAUUUCACUGGUGCUGACUUGAGUGAUACGUUGAUGGAUCGUAUGGUUUUAAAUGAAGCGAAUCUGACGAAUGCUGUCCUUGUAAGGUCAGUCCUUACUCGAAGUGACCUUGCUAAUGCUACCAUUGAAGGUGCUGAUUUUAGUGAUGCUGUUAUUGACCUUCUUCAGAAACAGGCUCUUUGCAAGUAUGCAAGUGGAACAAACCCAAUUACAGGAGUAAGCACGCGAGUAAGCCUAGGUUGCGGAAGCAAGAAAAGAAAUGCAUAUGGUAGCCCAUCUUCCCCUUUACUCUCAGCACCCCCUCAAAAACUGCUUGAUCGCGAUGGCUUUUGUGAUUCUGCAACUGGUCUUUGUGAAGCUAAGUAACAUGGGUAAUUCCAGAAUAGUACAUCAACAAGAAAGAUCCUAAUUUGUAUGUACAUAUAGUUUGCAUAGAGGUGAUACAGAGCAGAAUUUGCUGUUUGAGAAUUACUUGUGUUAUCAUUAAAACUUCAAAUUACUGUCAUA